UUCUCUCUCCUUUUGUAAUAUCCUCCUUGUUCUUGAGUAACCAUAACGGCAUGUACAAGGAUAUGUCCAUCUGCCCCACAAAAAGCAUGGUCAUCAACAGUUAAAAGGCUACAUAUGAUGGAACAAGGUUGGCUCUACAAGUGUGCUCGCUGACUGUAUGCAAACUGCAAUACACACUCCACAUAAUAGGAUUACCACUUCUAUGCAUUCUAGAUCCAGCACAGACUGCCUUUUACCAGUUUAAAGCAUAUGUGAUAUAUCAUUAGAUUACGAACGAGUGGUUGAAUGCAUGUAAAGCGGAGCGUGAGGGGUGAAAAAUUAUUUAAUUAGGAAUAGUCCAUACAGAUUAAGAGUUAAUUAGAUUUCUCUGCAAAGAGUGCUCAGCAUCAUCAUUGUUUAGCGAAUGCAUUAUGCUUGCACGCAGUCCUUAAUGCAGAAACAUGUGCAGUAAACUCCAAUACAUAGUAAAAUAAUAACAAUCCAAUACAUAGCUAAACUAUCAUUUUUAGGUGAAUUUUUCUAUGAUCUUUUUGGAUUUUGCUAUAGAAGGUUGCAGGAGCUAUAAAAGGUUUCUGGAUUUUCCUCAUCGGAGCAACUGCUAGUUAUUAGACUUUCUUCAAACACUUUAGAAGUUCUCACAGACCCAAAGUACUUUGCUACUAAUGGCAGGGCAGAAGGUUUGUCUUGUCAGUAAACUAGAUCUUGAAAGCCUAAUGAUUUAAGCACACAUGUUAUCUUCAUAGGUCCAGACACUUGACUAUUUUGUUGAAAUCUAUAACUUAGAUCUUAGCCUUUUGGCACUUAUUUAAGCCGAUCCCUUGAGCUUAGCCUUUGGAGAAUCCCAAAAGCUACAGCAUGUUAAAUAUGUCUGUAGCUGAUAGCUGUCUUGUUGCCUCUUCCGUCUAGGAACUAACAAAACACUAGCACAGAUGAUUAAAACACGAGGGCAAGAGGGUUAGGUUGGAGUUAACAAACUUUAGGCCUGUUAUCCUGUACUCUCUUCAGCAGCUAGACUCUGUACUUAACUCGAUAGGCUUAAUCAUCGUACCCGCCAUCUAUGGCUAGAUCACGAGAUGAACAAGGCAAGUGGGAAUGAUACAGCCAUGGAGGGCUGUCCGGGCCAUUGUAGCUUCCCAAAGCUUGUCUUGCAAGCACCCUACCGCAUGGCACGGACGCUUUCUCCCGCAGAAUCAUAUCUUUGUGUCCUUUUGUCUGUCUAUAUGGUGUCUAUAUAUAUCUCUGUGCCACUCCACCAGUGUCAUUGUGUAAAGGGCAAUGGCUGCUUUUCUGCUUCUGCUCGUUGUUUCCUCGCUCUCAUUUGCUGCCGUUGAUCCUGUUCAGUGCACUACAGCUUCUCGUUCACAUGUUCACAUUGUGUACUUGGGCCACAACAACGGUCUUAGUCCUUCGCUGACCACACGGUUUCAUCUCCAACUUCUUUCAAGAGUCUUUGCAGAGCCGGAGGAAGCAAGACAAGCUAUUCUGUAUAGCUACAGCUAUGGAUUCUCUGGUUUUGCGGCAGUACUCAAUUCAACGCAAGCAACCACCUUGUCUGAAACAGAGGAGGUCAUAUCGGUAUUCAGGAGCAGGAUGCUGCAGCUCCAUACAACAAGGAGCUGGGAUUUCAUGGGCCUCAACCUGCAUCUGCAGAUGGAGCAACCAUCCUCCCAAAUGCAUUUGAAGUAUGGAGGCGACGUAAUUGUCGGUAUCCUCGACACUGGGGUGUGGCCUGAAUCCGAGAGCUUCAGAGAUGACCCCCACCUAGGCCCCGUGCCAUCGUCAUGGCGAGGCACGUGCGUGGGAGGCCAGCAGUUCGACCCAGCCACCGCGUGCAACCGCAAGCUCAUCGGGGCGCGCUACUACCUCGCCGGCUUCGAGGCCGAGACCGGCCCGCUGAACACCAGCGGCGGCGCGGAGUAUCUGUCGGCCCGGGAUCGCGUCGGCCACGGCACGCACACGGCGUCCACGGCUGUGGGCGCCGUAUCCCCCAACGCGAGCUACUUCGGCGGGCUGGGCCGCGGCGCGGCACGCGGGGGCGCACCCAGAGCACGGCUGGCGGUGUACAAGGUGUGCUGGUUCAAGGACCUGACGGGCCGGUGCAACGACGCCGACAUCCUGGCGGCGUUCGAUGACGCGCUGCACGACGGCGUGCACGUCAUCUCGGCGUCCCUCGGGUCGCCGCCACCGCUGUCCCCGCUGUUCGCGACGAGCACCGAGGUCGGGUCGUUCCAUGCCAUGCAGCUCGGAGUGUCGACGGUGUUCUCUGCGGGCAACGACGGUCCGGACGCGGGCAUGGUGCAGAACGUGUCGCCGUGGGGGCUCACCGUCGCCGCCAGCACCAUCGACCGGAGGUUCCCGACGGUGAUCGCGCUCGGGAACAAUGCCUCCUUCGUGGGAGAGGGCUUCAUUGUGAAGGACAUGAGAAUGCCUUUAGUGGAGAGCACCAGCGUCUUUGCCGAUGGGACGUGCUCCUUGGACCAGCUGGUGAACCGCACGGCGGCGUCCGGGAAGAUCGUCUUGUGCUUCUCCACAAUGGGGAUGGUGUCGGGCGAGGGCGCGGCGCUGGCGGUGUACGCCGGCGGCGGCUCCGGCGUGAUCUUCUCCGACUCCAGCUCCCGGCGGUCCAAUCAGGACAACUUCCUGCCCACCGUCCACGUGAACCUGCGCCAGGGCACCCACAUCCUCAACUACAUCCAGAGCCGUUCAAGGCAACGGCCCACCGUGCACAUCGCGCCGAGCAGGACCGUCGUGGGCAAGACGCCGGCGCCGGCCAUCGCCUACUUCUCCUCCAGAGGACCCAGCUCCAUUUCUCCAAACAUUCUCAAGCCGGACAUCACCGCGCCCGGAGUGAACAUCCUGGCGGCGUGGCCGCCCAAGUCGUCGCCGACGAUGCUCCCCCUGGACAAGCGCUCGACGGAGUGGAACUUCGACACGGGCACGUCCAUGUCGUGCCCCCACGUCACCGGCAUCGUCGCCAUCCUCAGGUCCGUGCACCCGACCUGGUCGCCGGCCGCCAUCAAGUCCGCCCUCAUGACCACCGCGUACGUGCACGACGACACGUCCGACGCCAUGCUGGCCGGCGGGACGCAGAAGGCGGCGGACGCCUUCGACACCGGCGCCGGGCACGUGGACCCGCUGCGGGCGCUGGACCCGGGGCUGGUCUACGACGCGGACGCGCGCGACCACGUGCACUUCCUCUGCAGCCUCGGCUACACGGAGGCGCAGGUGCGGCAGAUGGUGCUCCCCUCCCCGGCGCUCGACACCAGGUGCGGCGGCGGCGCCAUCGGGGACGCCGACCUCAACUACCCGGCCAUCGUGCUCCCAGAGCUCCGCGCCGCGGCGACCGUGAAGAGGACGGUGACGAACGUGGGCCUCCAGGCGGAAACCGUGUACCACGCUACGGUCAUCAGCCCUCAGGGCGCGCACGUCGAGGUUUGGCCGCCGGCGCUGGCGUUCUCAACGCGCUGCGCCAGGGCCGAGUACCACGUCACCGUCACGCCGGCGAAGCUGUCUCGCGGCCGGUACGACUUUGGCGAGAUCGUGUGGUUCGACGGCUACCACCGCGUCCGCACGCCGCUGGUCGUCAGGGUCACCAACCUGCCGGACGCUGGAGUCGGCGCUCAGCCGACGAAUCAGCACCGCGAUACUUACUAGUGAUCCACAGGCUGCCUAGUUACGGCUAUACAGAUAUUGGCGGUGUACGUUUUUAUUUUCACACGUUGGGCCAACACAGUAGGUGUCAUUUGGUCAUGUUAAAGCAUACAUUGUGGUCAUGCUAAAGUUUGAUGAUUCAUUUCACCUUGA